AUGAGCUGGGAUGAGUCCUCAAGUUCCGUGGUAGGAGAUUCGGGGGACGACGGGAUAGAGGAGGUUAUCUUCAGUCCUCACGGUGAACUGAAGGCUAAAGAAGAGAUCAAGUCGUCAUCAAUUUGGAACGGGAGAUCGAGAGAAGUAACGGGAUCUGGCUCUGAUACUGCUUUUGGGAGCUCUCUAUGUGAUCGGGAGGCUGUACAUUCGAAUGGAGGUCGCAGACCGUAUCUAAGGAAAAGGAAGGCGAUCCAGAAGUUGCCAUAUAGCCUGGAGCGAAUCAAGCAUAAGCAAUUACUGCAAGGUAUUGACAUAUCGUCCUUUGAUACCGUUUCAGAAGAGGUAAGAGUGCCGAAAAGGCUUUUAACCGUCGAAGCCAGAGAUCCUGAACCGGCGGCAGACGAGACCGACGAGUGGCAAAGUCAAGAAAGUGGCAGUAGCGAUUCAGAUGGGGAUUCAAUGAAGGUGUAUAUUGGGAGAUCGGGAUCGCUAGUAGAUUCUGAAGCCAACGAGAGCCGUUCGCGGGAUGCGGACAACAAUCGCAUUGUGUUUAGAGGGAAGAUGGUUGACGUUGAGAGAGGUUAUCGUGGUGUCCUUCCCAGGGUUGCUUGGGAGAAAUCGAUGAAGCGUGUCAGUCACUCAUCCAUCAAAAGAAGAAGACUGGAACAAGGAAACAGGAAGGGCCUUGCCAAGAGAAAGACCUUCAGCAGCAGACAAUCUAACCAGGAUAUGGAGUUAAUGAAUGAUUUGAUUGUGCCGGAUGAUGAAGUAACAGAAGUGAGCAAUGCUGCAGCAGAUCAAUACGCUUCAAGAUCUGCUCAAUUGAUGGAUGAUAUGGAUGAGCUUCAGAGAAUGAGUGCUUAUUAUCAGGAUAAGUAUGGGGACGAAACAUCAUCUACUAGCUCACUAGAGGUUCAGGAAACAUGGACUGUAGAUCAGAGCCGUCGCAGCUCAUCUAAGGAGGAGUUUGAAGAAACUGAAAUUAUCAACUUCAGGCCACUUUCAGAAGUUGUAGACGUUAAAACAGAUUCUGAUUCAUCAGCCGAUGGCGGGAUUGCCGCUGAAGAAGACAGUCGCAUGACAAUUGAUAGAAUGCUGAUGAAGAGGCCGGCCUUUUCAAAGCUUCGAACAUUAACUCGAAGUAUCCAACCAAGAAAUAGAUAUAACCGCAACAGCAAGCGAGGAGGACAAACGAAACAGCAUGUUAAAAUUGUUAAAAAACGCAUACGAAGAGAAGCUCCGAGUACAAGUGACAAUGUCAAAGACAAUGCACCCGCUGAGCAUACCAUUGAAAUCAACCAUGAUGCCAAUACAAGAGUACCUGAAGACAGCAGAGGAAAGAAUAAGGUCGCAGUCAGAAAAAAGACUAGGGAACCCUUCUUUGGAAUACAGCCGAAACAGCACUCAGACCUCAGUAGGCCUGUGAAUAAGUUUACAACGGUGGUUGAGGGCUUAAGUCGCUAUUAUGCUUUUUCGCCAACCAAUGGAGCAGGAAUCGGUAGCGAAAAUAUUCUUGAUAAAUGGCCGUCUGGACAACAACCAAAGGAUGACGGAUGUCUCUCGACUGCUGUUGAUGCCCUUUUGUUGGGGAAGGAUGUUGAGAUACCAGAUAUUGUCAAGAUCGAAAUAGCCGACAGACAGUUUACUUUAUCCAAAUUAAAAGGUAGCAAUAUCGAUCAAGAUAUUACUGAAAUUUUUGAUCAUAUAAUUCACCGGGGUGCAACGGAUAAAGAGCUGGUUGAAGUAAGCGAAUCAUUGACGGCGUUCUUGCUUCAUCUGAACAACAAAGGAGCAUACGAACCGAUCUCAAAAUUCCAUAAAGAAUUCAGGUCCAAAGUGAACUCUUUACGGCAAAAUAUAAAGAUCAUUCAUUUUUACCAGAUUGCAGUAUGUCAAUUGAUGCUUCUAGAAAUUGCCAAAUAUUCAAGCGUAUCGGGCAGCUUCAAAUGCGAAAUCGAAUCCGCAAUACUCGAUCAUAUCGUGUCCUUUUUCAAGCUACUUGCUAUUUCGCAACAACAUUUGUCUAACGCUGAUCAACAUUAUCUUAUUAAAGCAUAUGAAAUUUUGGCUAUAGUGAUACGCAUAUUGGAUGCUAAAAUAGCGCUCUGGCAACGUCUAGAGAACGAGGUUUUUCCUGCAGCCCUUACCUUUAUAUUGCUGGACGUUUUUCCAAUUAAAGAAGCACAUUGGGGUAUCCUCAAAUUUGGCAGUGACUACGAAGCAGUGAGCCAGACGCUUGCUUUCAUACACUAUUGUGUGAGCGAGCACGAAUGGCAGGUGACGAGUAGCGUCGUCUUACUCAUUGAGCGCAUCCUUAGACGAAGAAGAUUUGAAGAUUUCCAGGAGGAAAAAGAAGCUUCUGAUUCAAACGGUGUAGUGUAUUCACAAGGACAGGUUCCAGCCUCUGGGACGGUAUUCAAUAAAUAUCUUCUUCUCUUGCGGUCAAUCAAAUUAACAAAGGUUUUUAUUGAAAAAAUCAUGCCCAUGGGUGAGAUAUCGUCCAAUGAUUCUGUAUCGGUGUUAAUCAACAGGCUUAAUCUGCUUAUUUUCCUCGCAGAGCGUUCAGAUCUAAAUUCUGAAAAGAGGCUAGCGGACCUUGUUCGACCACUGAUCCGAGCCGACUAUCUGGCUUUCAGAGAUGAUAGAACGCUGCAGCGGAUUUGCCAGUCAAUUUUGAAUGGUUUGCUAUCCUUGCUGGAGAUCAGUUGCCAUAAGAGACUUCCAUUCAAGGCGAAAAUGUUUCUUUCGAUAUUUGACGCCCUCAUUGCCAAGAACGAGACUACAAAGACUAUAUUUAUUCGAUUUUUGGAGCGGUUGAAGCAAACCUGCGAGUCAUUCGAUAACUCAACUUCCACUUUCCUGAAGACAAUAUACCCAUGCUUCCCUGUGCUUUGUGAACAGCAAGGUCGGUCAAAAGAGAGACAGGUUAUGUUGCAUAUCUACCUAAAAAAUUUAGAGACCUUAGGUCCUACUUGGGUUCAUGCCAAUCUGUUUCAGACGGUGCAAAAGUUUGUCCAAAAUUCUAAUACUUGGGUAGGGCAUUAUUGCACUAUUGGAAAGUUUCUUAUUGAGCAUAAUGUGAUGACUUGGUGGUCAUUUUUCGUUUACAACAAUAUAAAGAGUAACUUCACUGGUCGCUUAGAAUUUGACCAGAAAGUAACGGAACUUUGUGACUUACAAUCCUUCGGGCUGAUAAAAAGAUCACUCUUUGAAACUGCGACAGCAUCCUUCUUUCAAAACGAAAGUAUUCUGUUCGUUAAAUUCAUCACCACUUUGAUAGAUCGGGAAACAGGAACAAAAUCUGCCUCUGAUUUUCGAAGCACUGUCGAUAGCAGACUCCGCAUUCUGGGACCUUUUGUCUCAGUCCUUAAGAAAUUGUGUUACAAUGAUUUGAUUUUCAGUCUCAUAGCACAGGUUAGAGAACUUUAUCAGAAGAAUGCCAUUCAAAAAAGCUAUGCCACGAAGAUAAUCAAAUUCUUCAACUCCGAUUUUGUUGAUCAAAUCAAGAAUAGCCAUGACUUCCUUGCGUUGAAAAGAGAGCUAGGAAUAUCGAACGAAGAGACAGACAAGAGUUCCUUUAGAGAUAUGCUCAAAUUAUGUGCCGACUCUAUUUCGCAAGCCUGUUUCAUUGAAAGUGGACUUAUCCAUGCGACAGUCACCUCUGAUGAAGUAUCCAAUUACCUGGGCAAGUUGAAAUCACUUUUUAUCUUCCCGGUGCUGGCAAAUCCAUUCCGGUUCUUCGUGUCCUUAAUAGAAGCCCAUCUAACUGGGGAAAGAGAGGACAAAUUUCUUCAUAUCAAAAUCGGAAUUGUAGCGUAUUACUUACGACUAAUCAACGAAGUCCUGAUAGCUAGGUUUCGGCAGGUCACAGCAGAUGAAUUCUUGGAGCAGUGCCGGUUGUUCAAAUUAAUAUGUCAACGGCUCCCUUUGAAGUCUUUGUCUAAAGUCUCCGGUAAUCGAGCCUAUGCUCAUGAGAGCGUCCGCUUCCAGAUUAUUAUUCUUCAAAUUGCGCAGGGCUUUUCAGAAUACGAUGCGUUACUUAGCCUCUCGAAGGCAUUCCUACAGGGCUCUUUGGAAGAUAACGUAAAGGAAAUUAGCCCUCUCUCGAAAAGAAUCGAUCAACUCGUGAUAGAGACUGCUGGCCAGACUUUACACGUUGAUUUCGAUGAACCGAAGCCCGACUAUUCAAAAUUGGAGAAACUGAUAUCAUUAAGGGAGACCAGGAGAGCACCUUUGUGA